AUGAAGUCGGAGGAUAACGGGAGCGCCUCAGCUCUGGCUGGCGAUCAUGGUGGAGUCGAUCAGGAUACCCCAGACGCGGGCGAUCGCACGGAGCAAGCGAAGCACAAGACCAACGGCGCUACUGAGAAUGCCCCAAAAUCGGCCAAUGCGAAGGAUCCGUCAAGACCACGAAGGAAGAAGGCAAGGAGGGCUUGCUUCGCUUGUCAACGGGCGCAUUUGACUUGCGGUGACGAGAGACCGUGUCAGCGCUGUAUUAAACGGGGUCUUCAGGAUGCGUGCCAUGACGGGGUGCGGAAGAAGGCUAAAUACCUGCACGAUGCGCCGGAUGGAGCGUUGAUGCCUGGAGUUGGGGGGAAUUUCUACAACAACGCGAUGCGAAAUAAUUUGCCCUUGUCUCGAAAUGGUGCCAAUACAGUGAAUACAUCCUCUCAGCAGAAUUCGGGGUCCAAUUACUAUCCCACGCCUCAAUCGAACUCUUACAAUGUCUAUCAAGAUACCCCUCUGACACAGAAUUCUUUCACUUCGCAAUCCCCCGUUUCCCCAACCUUCAACAUGAAGACCACUCCGACGGCUCGAAGUAACAGCUUGUCGUCCGCAGUGAACCAACAGCCUCCCAACACAACCGUAUCAGGCGCCACCCAGAGUCAGAAUCCCUUCGCGGGACCAUUCUUUGACCCAAGCGAUCCUGCUCUCUUCAACUUUGACCUUUCUAGCAUGAACUUUGAGAAUCGCUAUGGUGCGUUGGAGUUUGGGAUGCUCGGCCAUAUGGCGACCGGUGCUGGUGACUCUCCCACUGAUUCCGCCACGCAGCGAGGAUCGAUCGGCCGGAGUGGCUCCACGCAGUACUCUACGACACCCAUCACUGGGGCCCCUGGCUUUGGGGAGAGUCCUGGUAACCAGCAACCUUUCAUUUUUGGCAACGAUCCGCUCCUGAACGAAUGGCCAAAUAGCCAGGCUCCAAAUCAAGGGCAUCUGAAUGUCAGCGGCGUUUAUCCCCAGGGCGGCAUGAUGCACAUGGCCAAGUCUGAUGCGCCACAUGCGUUUGCCAUCGAGAGCGGACCGGCUAGUUUCUCCAGCCCGAGUGCGACAACCAGCCCUCAUAUCAACAGCGGGUACGAUGACAGUUCGCUGAGCAAUACGGUCGUGAACAAGUCAAACGGCUUAACUGCCAACGGACAACGGCCGACGAUCACGACGCCAAGCCUGAAGCACCAAAGCCUGCAGUUUGGAGUCAAACGACGUCAGCGGAACCCGUCGACUGUGUAUGAGAGCGUGAAAGAGCCGUACGCCUAUACGAACCGCUUCCACAAUCUGACUGCCUUCAUCCAACGGCGUUUUACCCCGCAAAAGACCUUGCAGAUUGCGAAAGCGUUAGCGUCGAUCCGGCCGUCCUUCAUUGCCACGACCAAGACGCUUAACCGGGAUGAUUUGAUCUUCAUGGAGAAGUGCUUCCAGCGGACGCUCUGGGAGUAUGAGGACUUUAUCAACGCGUGUGGGACGCCAACGAUCGUCUGCAGACGUACCGGCGAGAUUGCAGCGGUCGGCAAGGAGUUUAGCAUCCUCACCGGCUGGAAGAAGGAUGUGUUACUGGGCAAGGAGCCGAAUCUCAAUGUCAACACCGGAGGCGCAUCGGUACCCGGUUCUGGCACCACAUCCCGCGGCAGCUUUACGCCUCGAAGUUCUACGCUGGAAAAUGCCACUCCUGGACGCCCGCAGCCUGUGUUCCUUGCUGAAUUGUUAGAUGACGACAGCGUGGUAGAAUUCUACGAAGACUUUGCCCGACUGGCCUUUGGCGACUCCCGCGGCAGCGUCAUGACUACAUGCAAGUUGCUCAAGUACAAGACCAAGGAGGAUAUGGAGCUUGCACAGUCUGAUGACAAUCAGAGGUGGAAUAAUCACCUGCGCAAAGGUGGGAUUGCCGGCGAGGCGGGGAUGAAUCAGUUAGGUUUCAAGGAUGGCAAGGUCGAAUGCGCCUACUGCUGGACAGUGAAAAGAGACGUAUUUGACAUUCCAAUGCUUAUUGUGAUGAACUUCUUACCGUGCAUAUGA